GAACAGUGGUAAUGUGUCUCAAGAAGAUAAGAAAUAUUAUACAACCACGACGGCUGCAAGAAGUUGGAGCAUGCAGAACUGUUUCAUUGUAUAUAUAAAGAGGAGGUGAUUUUUGGUAGUUUCAAUAUUUUUUUUGGUGGCUACACUCUUCAAAGAAAGCAAAAACUCAACUGCAUCUCUACUACUAGAGACAUCUUCUAAUGAAUGUAUUGAAGGGUAUUCGGAAAGUCAUCUGGGGAGAAAUUCCAUCAGAUCCCAAGGAAGCCAAGCUUUUGGUGAAAAUCGACUGGUUCGUAUUAUCAUUUGCAUGUCUUUUAUAUUGGGUUAACUAUGUCGACAGACUCAAUAUCUCCAACGCGUAUGUCUCUGGUAUGAAGGAUGACCUUCAUAUGAAGGGCAAUGAGUUUAACUACAUCAACACGGCAUUUAACGUCGGAUACAUUGUGUUUCUUGUUCCAAAUAACUUGAUCUUAUUGAAAGUUAGACCUAGAUAUUGGCUUACAUUCUGUGCCAUUGCUUGGGGUAUUCUUACUCUUGGAAUCUACAAGGUCACCGAUUACAAGCAAAUCAUUGUGAUUAGAUUCUUUCAAGCAGGAUUUGAAUCUUCUACUUUCGUUGGGGUUCAUUUGAUUCUUGGGAGUUGGUACAAAGAGGAAGAGUUAACCAAACGUUCUGCCAUUUUCACUAGUGCUGGAUUGGUUGGUAACAUUUUCUCUUCAACCAUGCAAGCAGCUAUCUAUACGAAUAUGGAUAACUUACACGGGAUUGCCGGAUGGAGAUGGCUAUUCAUUAUAGACUUUAUUAUCACAAUUCCUAUCGCCAUCUAUGGGUUUGUGUUCUUCCCAGACACUCCCGAUACUUGUAAGGCAUUUUAUUUCACCGAUGAAGAAGUUGCCUUGGCAAGAUCUAGAAUAAAGCAAAGAGAACAUACAAAGUUGGACUUUACAAUUUUCAAAAGAGUUGCUGGGAAAUGGCACUGGUGGUUAUUUUCCUUUUUAUGGAUCGUUGGAGGUUCAAACGAGUCAUUUGCGUCCAAUGCUAUUUUCUCUCUUUGGUUACUGUACUUUGGAUAUUCUGUUCCACAAAGAAACCAUUACCCCAUGGGUGUUUAUGCUGUUGGAAUAUUUGCAACUUUCACCUUUGCUCUCUAUGUCGAUAAUACUGGUGCUAGAUAUCAUUGGAGAGCUGCCCUCUUUAUUAUGGUGUCUAUGUUGAUUUCAUCGAUUCUAUUUGUUUGUAAACCUUUGGAAGCUUCAUAUGUGUUUGUUGCUCAAUACAUUUCCGGUAUAUCGUAUGCCGGUCAAGCAACCUUCUUUGCAUGGGCCAAUGUUGUAUGUCGAAGUGAUUUAGAAGAACGUGCUAUUGUGUUGGCGUCGAUGAAUAUGUUUAGUAAUGCCUUUAAUGCCUGGUGGUCGCUUCUUUUAUAUGCUGCUUCAGACGCUCCAAAGUUCAAGAAGGGUUGUUAUUCCAUGUUUGGAACUGCAAUUGCCAGUGGUGUUAUUGCUUGUGCUAUUAGAUUCUACCAACUUCGUGAUGAUGAACACGCAAAACUUGCAGUUACUAUGGAUGAAGAGGGCUCUCAGCUGUCUGAUUCAAUUCAUGAAAAGAGACCAAUCAUUGGUGUAGAAGUAGCAUCAGUUAAAUAGAUAUAAUAUAUUUAAAGUUUAUGAAUUUGUUAUUAUUCUUUCUCAGG